AUGGAGUCGCCUGCCAAGCGACUGAGGCCUUCGCCGGCAGGUGGAGAUGACUUUGUGUCAUUUGCAGAAGAAGAUGGUGCUGGUGUGGAACGAUAUGGCUACGGCAACGAAAACGAGCAGCAACUCGGUGCUCCCACGCCAGAUCACGAGCACCACAGGCACAAUGGGCUGCACAGAGACGCACGUUUCGAUCGCCGAAAUGCGGAAGAUCGUCCCAAAUCAAAACAUGCUCUACCUGGAUACGAACCAUGGAUACUGGUGAAGACCAAACUUGGCCGACGCUUUGUGCACAAUCAGAAGACCAAAGAGAGCUUCUGGUAUGUGCCCAAGGACGUCUGGCCCGCCGUUAAAGAAUUCGAUGCGUGGGAGAAGCAGCAAAAGGAGAAGGCGGAGAAUGCUCGUUGGGCGGAGGAGGAGCUGAAGAAGAUGCGGGAAAGCAGCAAGGUCGAAGAGAUCAAUGCCAAGGCUAAUGCUGAGGAGGGAACGAGCAGACGACGGCGAAGCGAAAGUCUGCAGAGGGAGGAUGAGGAAGCUAUGAUGGCUGAGUUGGCUGCUGAGGCGGAGCGUGCUGAGGAGCAGGAUGUGAAGGAGGUGGUCGAAGUGGUGGAGCACGAGGUGGGUGAUGUGGGUUAUGAUAGUGACGGUAGUUAUGAGUAUGUGGAGGUCACGGACGAUGAGGGUGCGGUCAAUGAGAUAGAUGGUGACGAUGCUGAAGGUCAGGGCGAGGUUGUGCCCCACGAUGAACCUGAGGAGGAAGCUCCUGUCGAGUUCGGUGAGGAUGAUAUAGCUUGGCAGUUGGCAGCCAUGGGAAAGGAAUAUGGUCUUGACCCGGAGGAGUACGGUGAUGCUGAUCUUGAGGACGGUAUGGAGGACUAUGAGACAGACGACCAAGGUCUCGCCAUCUCGGACGAGGAUGCCGCAAAUCUGUUCCGAGAUCUCCUGGACGACUACCACAUCUCACCCUUCACACCCUGGGACAAACUGAUAUCCGACGAAAGCGAAGCCAGCAUCCUCAACGACGAUCGCUACACAGUACUACCCAACAUGCGCGCACGAAAAGAAGUCUGGGACGUCUGGACCCGCGACAAGGCUGCUCAGAUCAAAGAAGAACGAGCAAAGAUGGAGAAGCUCGAUCCCAGAAUCCCGUACCUGGCUUUCUUAGCCGAGAAGGCGAAUCCAAAGCUAUACUGGCCCGAGUUCAAGCGGAAAUUCAAGCGAGAGCCUGAGUUGAACGACCGAAAGCUGAGUGACAAGGAUCGCGAGAAGUUGUAUCGCGACCAUAUCAACCGCCUGAAGCUGCAGGAAAGCACGCGGAAAGCGGACUUGCUCACACUGCUCAAGACCGUACCCUUGCGAGAACUCAACAGCUUCUCUACACUCGACACCCUACCACAACCCCUUCUCUCGCACCUCCACUUCAUCUCCCUACUAGCACCAACCAGAGAUCAGAUCGUAAGAUCGCAUAUCAGAUCGCUGCCUGCUGCACCUGCUCCUGAUGACUUGACGGACGAUGCGAAGGCUGAGGCCGAGCGCAACCUUGCCGAGAAGCAGAGGCGAGAGGCUGCUCUAGCGCAGAGGCAGAGGGUCGUGGAGGAGGACAGGAGGCGGACGGAGAAGGAGGAGAGAUAUGCGAGGGGGCAGUUGAGGGAUGGGGAGAGGGAGUUGGAGAGGGUUACUUUGGGAUCGAGGAGAGGAUGA